UUCUUUUUUCCUAGAAGCAGAAGCUGGGACUUGAAUUAUCUACAAUAUAAUGUUUCGUUAAUUCUUUGGAAAGUUCUCUAAGACAACACCACAUGCCAUGUCUCUCAUUCGGUCCCAUCGCUCCCAUCUCAUAUCCCAUCUUCAGCAAUAAUUCAAGUACCCAAUUAAUGGUUUCUUGCAAAUCUUUCUAUCUAUAUAUAUUCAUGGCUGCAAGCGUUUUAGAGCAACCCAAAUCAUUCACAUCCUAAGGCAUUCAAAAUUCUAAGGAAACUUAAAACUAUUCUCUUCUCAAAUCAAUACUACAAUGGGUUUUCGCUUACCUGGUAUCAGAAAGUCAUUAUUUGCAGCAAAUCAAGCAUCUUCAAAAGCGGUGGAUGCACCAAAGGGCUAUCUUGCAGUCUAUGUUGGAGAGAAAAUGAAGCGGUUUGUGAUUCCUGUUUCAUACUUGAACCAACCUUUAUUCCAGGACUUGUUGAGUGAAGCUGAGGAAGAGUUUGGCUAUGAUCAUCCCAUGGGUGGCCUCACAAUUCCUUGCAGUGAAGAUACCUUCCAACAUAUAACUUCUUUCUUGAACUGACCAUAAUUCUCAUACUUUAGGAGUACUGACAUAGCUUAGAGGAGACAUUUUGUACAAUAGGCGUGUUCUGAAAAUGUAUAGAUCCCCCUUUGUCACGAGAGAUGGAAAAUCAGAAUAUAUUAGUUUUUUGUUUAAUUACAAUAAUUUCAACAA